AAGAUGCAAUACCGUCUGAAAUAGAAACCCGUCCACUCAUCACACGUAAUCCUUCAAGUCUCAGAGGGAAACUAAAAACAUCGAGGUGUCAGCAUGGCGGGUAAAUAAAGGAACACUGAAGUCUCAUCUCUGUUUUCUCCCGGUUAUUAAUGAUGUAAGUGAGCGAACCGAGGCGAGGCGAGGUGAAGCGAGGUGAGGUGAGGUGUGUGUCGCUAGCGGUGAUCAAACAAAGCCUUCAGUCCUCUGCCGGCAAAAGAAAUCCCGAAAAGUCUGUUGUUAGUCUUUGCGGUCUAAUCAAACUUAUCUAAUUAAUCUCUGCGAAAAUUUAACGAGCAAAGAAAGAGAGAAAGAAGGAAGAAUCACAACCCAGCGUCGGUAGGAUGAGAGUGAGCGAAAAGGUGUGGAAAGAAUCGCAUCUGAGCGUUCGAUGAUGAGAGAAAAAGGCGAGUGAAAGUUUUCGUAAUAAGCUUGAGAAAAAUAAGUGCUAGGGACGAAUGAAUUAAGGAAAUUUAUGGGUGUGGGGGCGGAGUAGUUGCUUUGUGUUGGUGAUGGAGGCACUGUGCUUCCCUGUGGCCGCUUGUGUCACCAUGGACUGAAGGACUGAAGGGCUAACUGUGGCGGGCUAAUUGGUGAGGACUGGUGAGGAGAAACUUGAGCAGGUGAUUGAGUGUGAAGCCAGGUAGCAGGCUGGGAUCAAUUACCUGCUGACCGGCCACACCCCGCGCUGCUCCCGGGAAACUCACAGAAUCACGUCCGUCUCACUCUGCCGGAUCAAACUUUUCUUCUUUAUUUUUUUCAUCUCUCCUCGUCAUUAAAGUUAUUCAUGCUUCGUUAUUAAGUACGUGGUCACUGUCGCUGUUUGUUAUUUUGUAUCUUAUUGUAGCUUUAUCUAAUCUGACCUGACCUUUACCAACCUUAUAUAAUCUGAGCUAAUCUAAAUGUGUCUUACUUUAAGCUAACCUGACUUAACCUCAUCUGAGAUAUUGUAAGCUAGUUAAUGCUUACCUGAGUGUCACGUAUCAAUUCCCUUAACAACUGACCUAACGUAAUCUAACAAAUCCUUACCUGAGUGUCACGUAUCAAUUCUCCCAACAACUGACCUAACAUAUCCAUACUAAUUCUUACCCAAAAGUCACGUAUUAAACUCCCAACAACUGACUUAACGUAUCAUACUAAUCCUUACCAAAGUAUCACGUAUCAAACCACCAACAACUGACCUAACGUAACCUAACUAAUUCUUACCCAAGUGUCGCGUAUCAAUUUCCAACAACUGACCUAACGUAUCAUACUAAUCCUUACACAAGUAUCACGUAUCAAUUCCCAACAACUGACCUAACAUAACCAUAUUAAUCCUUACCCAAGCGUCACGUGUCAAACCCUCAACUCAUUCGUUAUAAAAAAGAGCCAAUAAUAUUCAGCGGCAAUGACACGCGUAUGUAUCAAUGAAGCUAUAAGAGUCACUGUUCCUUACCACGUGACACGAUACAGUUUGGUUAGUCAGAGUGAGACUGAUGUACCUGUAUCUGCAAUAACACCGUGACACCUAUCCCAGGCAUCCCUCACCUACUCACACCUGCCCACCUGUCACUACCACCUUCUGGAGACUUCCCACCACCACCACCACCACCACCACAUCUACCGACGGCGAGGGAACCACCAACUGCCAUCUUAACUCAGGGACCCCGAGGCCGCCACUAUGGAUCCCCUCGCCCGCCGUCAGCUGAGUUACGACCACCUCAACACCACAGACUCGUUCCACUACUCCCGCUUCUCGCUUGGCUCCCGGGAACGUGUUGCUGAUUGCGUUGCUGACACCUUGGAUGCUUCUAUACAGGUCGACCUGGCCGCUGACGUGAUCACGUAUGACUCCGACGACGAGGGCGACACUCCCAGCAGGAUGUCCGGGCGGCGGCGGGGUGCGGGUGGAGGCGAAGGCGGCGGGGCGGGCGGCGUGGCUCGGAACAAGCGGGGGACACCCAUGUACUCCCGCGAGGACAUCAGAGAACAGUACUGCAUCAAUGACAAGGAACUGCACGCACUCGAGGCCUCCCGGAGGAAACCCAUCUUCGGCUGUUUGACCUCGGGGAACACUCAGGCGUCCCCUUGCAAGAAGAAAAGCCUGCUUCCUGCCUGUCUCCGUGGGCGUGUUCCUUCCGACGAGAACGUGUACAGUAAGAGCCAGUCCGCCCACACCUCGCCCGCCCACCGCUCAGCCUCCCGAGGACAGCACCAGCAGCAGGAUGGAAUAGAUUAUGAGGAUGAGAGUUACUUCAAGCGACGACCCAAGACAAUCUGCUACACCGACCCGCGACGACUUUCCACCCUCGACGACACGCUAGCCAAGAGUGGCCGCGUCUCCCGCCCCCGAUCGGAGGUGUCGUCAGAGGGCCACGACUCCCGCCAGACUGACGAUGGAGCCACCGACCCUUCCCGACGACCCACGCAGCUUCCACUCUCUCCGGCGAUGUACCUGGUCAGUAAGCCUUUCCCUCUCUCCUCAGGCUACACCCAGCAGCGGUCCGCCUUCACGCAGCCCAACACCCCCGACCUAGGCCAUUCUUCGCGCUUCAGGCCUCCCGCGGGGCACGAAGGAUUCCCCGACGACCGACCACAGGGACAGAAACACGUUAGCUUCCAGAAGUUCAUGAGCCGAUCCUUGACGGAGGGGCGCCUGGAGGAGAAAGGGCUGGACGAGGGCGAGGGCCGGGCAGGAUGCAGAGGAACAGGGGAGUCAAGGAGCCACGAGAGACUGCUAGACGCCCGACGCUCGCCAGACUAUCUAGAACAACGUGCCCUCGAUCAACUCCUGGCGCCUGUGCUCACCAAGGCUCUCCUGCAAGACCCAGGACACAAGAAACACAGAAAACAGUCUCAGGAGGUCUCCAAGAGGUCAGGGGGUCAAGAGGGCAACUCAGAGGCAGGGCGAAGGUCGCACUCCACCACGCCGUCCAUGAAGAGGAAGGGAAAGGAAAAGAAAACAAUCGCAAUUCAAACGGAGGCGCAGGAAGAGGUGGAGAAUCCGCAAGGGGAGAGAGGGCGGGAGGAGGGAGGGGGGCAGGUCCCACCGAGUGAAAAGGCAACAAAGCGCCAAAAGAAGAAGAAAAAAGCUGCUUCACCCACUGAAGAACCUAAAAAAACACACAAGGAAACCGUCCACUUUAGCGACCAACAGGAACCGCCACCGAAGCCUCCACUCACCAACCCUGAUGGGCCUACGAAACCCAGGAGUCCUAGGGACACUGCCAAGAAGCAAGGCCAAAAGAGUGGAGAUGGACAAACUCGUCCAGCCACAAAAGGUGUUUUGAAAUCUCCAUCCUCUACCAGUAAGGUUUCCAUGGCAAUACAGACAGACGUGGAGACACCCCUUGUGUUAUUUGAUGACCCUUGCUUCCCGCCAGAAGAGCUGGACACGAGCACUGACUGGCAGGGGGAAGAGAGCUCCGUAGAGUGGCACACAAGCGCCAGCUCUCUUGCUUGGCACACUGACGGAAGCUCCUUCGCCUGGCAGCCUAACGUGAGCUCCUCCAGCAGACUGGCAGAUGUCACUUAUCCUGGCUUCAGGACGGACUUCAGUCCUUUCCCUACGGACUCUCGUGAAGGAAGUGAUGACGAGGAAUGUUCGCACUUCGAUUUUUUCAAGUGGAAAUCCACUGGAGAUCGUGAUGCAACGGCGUCAGCUGCUUCAGGAGACGCAAGUCGAGGAGGCAGGAGUCACUCAUCACACAAGACUUCAGAAGCCUCUGAUAACCGCAAGUCUGCAAGUAAAAAGAAAGAAUCAGAUAGCACCAAGAAAGAAACUAUGCAGGGAAACCUGAAGAAGAGCAAUCCCAAAUUAAAGGAUCAAGGCAGUGACGGACUUCGGGAAGCGAAGGAAGACAAUUACGAUCCAGAAGUGCUUGCUCGUCGACUUCGAUUCCGUCGACAGAUGGCGGAGGAAUUCCUGCAGACAGGUGCCACGGGCGAGGCCAGCACUCUGCCAAUCGGAGAGAGAAGUGGCCAGUCUGGCACAACUCUUAGCUCCACCAACACUGCCUCCACUUUUCCCAGGAAUCAUGAAAAAACAGCUAAAUCUUCCAAGACUCCUGGUUUAUCUCCCGAGUCUCAAAGUAAAAAGGAAAGCAAACUUCAGGUAGAGAGUAAUCGGACGUGGCCAAAGCGAUCGGUUGAUUCAGAGAGGUCUGAUGACAUAGACCUGAGAGCGCUGGACGCCAUUCGUGAUACUAAGUUAUACGACCGUUCCAGAGCAACUGAACGGAAUCCUGUGCAUAAAACGAGUCACCUUCAAAUUAACCUCGUGUAUCCAAGUAGUCAGGCCAAGGGACACGCUGGUGAAGUCGAGGGGAGUGAGAGCAGGAAUCGUGUCCAGUUCUUCAGCACCAAGCAGCCAGAAGUGGUGCAAGACCAGCAAGUACGGGAUGUUGCUGCUCGGCGAGUUAACAUCACUGUCACUCCGCCGUCACAGGAGAGGAAAAAGCCACCACAAACCGAAAUUUCUGACGAGUAUCCAAGAAGUGACACAGACAUAAAGCCCUCGCCACCUGGCAAGAAAGGCUCCUCCAGGGGAGAAGGCAGCAAGAGCGUCCAGAGGAAGAAAAAGAGUACAAAGGACCUGACUGAGGUGACCUCUGCCGCGAAGUUAGUGAAGCCUCAAGAAGUGAAGGAGGUCGAGGUCGAGCAGCCAAAAGUGAGACCGGGGAUUCUCAGAAAGCACAACUUGAACCCUACCCCUUGCUACACCACCGACACCAGCUCCACCGUGACCAACACUGACUCUGUUGGGCGGCGGGUGCGGCGGGUCAAGAAAAAGACUAUGGCCAUACAGACCGAGCAGUGCGACAGCGUCAUUCCAGAACAAAGGGAAGAAACACAUGACAUACCAAGAAACGCAAGAGAUGAAGUUACAGAUGACACAAGACAACGAAGGGAGUUGCCUGCAUCUGCGUCCCCUGUAGCGAAAGGAAACGACGCGUCAAGAGAAACAAGUCCCGCGGCCACACCAACUACGUCACUGCGCCGCAAGAAAAACGUGCCACAAAAGUCUAUGUGUAUUCAGGCAGAUUAUUCGCUCGAUAAUCCUGAUGGUGAACCUGCGGCUUCCGUGCAACACUCUCGAGAGGGCCACAAGUUAACAUGGAGUAAAGGCGUAGCUUCUGACCCGUCAACACUCCCUCAGAAUGACUUGAAUCCCAAGAUGGCGUCUUUAGAGAAACGUCGGGCAAGGGAAAAAAAGACUGAAGAGGACGGGAGCAACAAGCACGAUGUUGGCGCCGCCAGCACACACAGUAACACCAGUUCACUCCGCCGUGUGAGGAAGGUGAGGAAGGCCACAGCCACCACGCAGACCGAUGAUUCUCCUUUGGACAAGCCGGAUUCUCCACGACCUUCUGACGCGAUGGACACGGUGUCAGUCUGCACAGUCCUAAGGCGCAUCAGAAAAGUUGAGAAACGAACAGUGUCGCAGCAGACGGAUGAAGUGAUUCCAGUGAAUUAUCAGAUAUUCAGUCCUUCCGUCCCUCGAAUACAUGUCCCUGAAGCCGAGGGACUGCGGCCUCCUGCCAGUUUAAGCGCGUCCCGUCCGUCAGGAUCUCUCAUCUACGUGAACAUUCCUGGGGCGCUGCUUGAGAUGGAGUCUGGGAAUGACGCGGACGUGAGCGACGCGGAGAGCGAGACAAAGAACAAGAGUGUGUGUCCGAUGGUUGCUUACGGAAAGGGUUUUGCGAGGAGAACCGGUGACGAGGACGAGUACGAAUCUUAUCCGGAAGUUCAGGUGGAUGCAUGGGCGGCUGCUGCUGCUUACAUGCCCUCUGAGCCCCCGGUUGUAGAGAGUCGGUGUGUGCUGAACAUCUCCCGCUUGAACAUUAGCUACGGUAUAGAGCGAGAGAUACAGAUCCAGGAGCCUGAUGGGGAGAGUGACCGUGAGGGGGAGAGCGGCGCCCCUGAUGGUGAAAGUGACGGUGAUCUGAUUGGUGCUCCUGACGGUGAAAGUGAUGGCGAGGGAGACCAUGUUUUAGCCCAAGCCGGUGAAAGUGAUGAUGGUGACGCGCUUGUACCGCGCGAUGAUGACAACAGUGGUGCUCCGGAUGGUGAAAGUGACCAUGAGGGUGACUUAAGUACCCACGUAGGUGAAGACGAGGACGCUGCCUCGAAUCGUGUUGAAGGGAACGAAAAUGAAGAUUACAUUGGUGCUCCUGACGGGGAAAGUGAUCACGAGUCGGGUCAGACAGGGGUCACCGGCAGUGGAAGUGACAUUAUAGUGCUGGUGAAUCCUUAUGACCAAUACUCGGCGAACGAAAGUGACGAUCAGGAUUCUGGUAGCGGGAUAAGGGUGAGGGAUGUGAGCUGCAUGACAAGCAACCCGCCAACCUCAUGUUCGGAAGGUGAAGUGGACCCUGACGAAGAGACGGAGGAAAGUGACGCUGUUUUUGACCUUUACCAAGUUCACUGUCGCUUGAAGGAAGAUGACAGUGAAAGCGACGACUUUGUGUACGACCCUGUGUUCUAUUUUUGUGGAGUUGGUCACGAAAAGAGGGAUGAACAACACGGACGGGAAGACAAUGUGGGGAAAAGUGCUGAAGUGAGCAGUGAUGACACGAGAAAGAAAGAAAACAUGGGAAGAAAAAGUGAUGUUGAAAAAAACGCCAUGCGAGUCCCAAACGUUGAUGCGAAACUAAAGAGCAGUGACAACGAAAGUGACACAAAAAUCAGGGAAAAUAAGACAGUGAAAGGUGACGAGAUUAGUGAAAGUGAUGAGGAUGUGAUAAUGAGAGGAAUUGGUGCGUUUUAUGUGACUCACCAUCAGAGCUCCUCCGAUGGCCCAGAAAACAUUAGAGCGGUGGAGGAAGCGAGGAGUCAGAGAAAAGAGCAGCAGGGUGAGAAAGAUGUGAAAGAGAAGGACAAAUCUGUAGAAAAAACAGAAGAGGAGGAAGACGACCCAGCAGUUAACGUAAUGAAAAAUGAAGCUGGGAGAACCUUUAGGGAAAACAGAAGUGAGAGAAGUGUGGACACUGCAAAUAUUAAAGUAGAGGCAUCAGGAAAAAAUAAAGGGAAGGAACCUGCAGACGUUGAGGAAGAGGUAGACACUUGGGUCACUGGGGAAGAUAAGGAUAAGAGGAAGAGAAUCAGUAGAAUUGUCAAAGGGAAGAGACACAAUAGAGGAGAGGAAAGUGAAACCAGCGAUGGAGGGAGAGGCGAGGAAAGCUCAGACAGUAAAGAAUAUCCCUGUAGAUGUCAAAAAACUAAAAUCAACAACCCAGCGAACGUUAGUGAGCAGGCGACGUUAGCUGGUGAUCGCGUGAAAGUAGAAUUUAAACAUUCCACCAAUGUUUCAAAUAAUACAUUGCUGCCUCUCGUCCUUACUAGCUCAGAGGACAUUACUUCUCAUACCUCCUCUUCUCCCUCCAUCCCUUCACCAUCCCCUCCUCCGCCCGUGCCUUCCAAUCCAUCACACGGUAACCAAAGACGGAGAGAGGAUCAGGACAGAAUCACCGCGGCACUUGGGAGAAAACACAGUGCUAGGAGGAAGGGAAGGGAGAACCAGACCAAAAGAGAGGUUUCGCAGGUGUUGGACGAUUCCCAGGGGCGUUCCGUAGUUGGGGAAGUGAGCGGGAGGGAGGACGAGCAGGAACCUUCAAUUCUAGACGACCAGAGGGACAUGAGGGAACACCAAGCAGGGGAGAGAGAUCCGAGUGAGGUCAGAGGGGAAUCAACAGGAGUGAGUGAGGAAUGUACUGUGUUGGUGAAGGUUGAUAGUUCAGAGCAGGAGCAGGCGGGUACAGAGCAAGGUGAACUAGGUGAGCAGGACGCAACACCUGUGGAAACUGAUGUGACAGGUGUGGCAGGAAGAGCUCAGGAAAAAAAAGAUGAGGAAACGAGUGGAAAGAGAAAUGAGCAUGCAAUGGAAGAGGGAAAAGGAGAAAAAGAGGAAUAUGAAGUUCCAAAGGAUGAUGGAAUGAGUAGUACAAAAGAUAUUGAUAAAAGGGAGGAAGAGAAGAGGAGAACAAUGGAAGAAGAGGAAAGUAAUGUAACUGAUAAUAAAAAAGUGGAAAAGGAAGUGAUGGAUGAUGAUGAGAGUCUGGAGCGUCGCAGCAGUGUUUUAAAAGAUGAAAUGACGAUGGAAAGGAAACAAAAAGAGGAAACACCAGAAGAAGAAGGUGUGGCGGAGGAAAAGGUGGCGGAAGAAGAAAUGGACAAGAAAAGGGAACAGAGUAAUAAAGGAGAAAACGAAAAGGUAGUUGAAAAAGAGGAAAAAGUUGUAUUAGACGGAAAGUAUGGUGGUAUGGAGGAGAAGGAUAUAGAGAACAAAUACACCACUGGAAAUAGUAACGAAGAAAAGGAAGAGGGGAAGAGAGAGAGAGAUGAUACAAAAGAGGAUGAUAUCGAGGAAGAUGAUGGAGACUUGGCUGAAGAUGAAAUGAAAGUUAUAGCGGAUGAUUUUGAAGAAGAUUACUGGGACUUUAUGGAGAAGAAAGCGACCUUGGCAUCCUUCGAUCUGGGUCCCACGUUCAGUGAAGACGACGACGUGGUGGUCAUUACGUACAGAAAACCAGGUGAGGGGAAGGACAAGAAAGCCACAGACGAGAGCACAAAGCACAUUAAAGCAGAGAGGGCCGAGGACGAAGUAACACAAGAGGGGACAGAAGCAUUUAAACAUGGUGAGACUCCCAGCAGUCUAGACACAGUUGAUUCCAAAUUGACAGACUGUGGACAGAAUUCUAAGAGAAAUGUUGAGAGAGACGCCCCGAAGACGAUAGAAGGGAGACAGGAAGAGAAGGAGAGGUGGAAACGGCCACGAAAGCCCCGAAGUAGAAAACCUCAGGAAGGGAAACCAGUAGAGAGGGUGGCGAGUGUUGAGAGAAGACAAGGCAAAGAAGAGAGACGUCCAGAUCUUGAUGAUGAGAGAGGUGCUGUUCCCAGAGAAGCAAGGAGAAGAAGAAGACGACCAAGAGCGAGGAAGCACUCAAAAAAGAGAGAAGGCAAACAAACUCUCAAAGAGGCGGAGGAAUCCCAGAUUGAAAUUAGAAAUGUUGGAGAGAUCCAGAACCAAAAUGCUGCAAAUCAGAUGCAAAAAGCAAUUCCAGGAAAGGGAAAAAUUGACAAAAAGCAAACAAAUGUUACAGAGAAUACUCAAGAUGAAGGACGCUUACAGAGCCAAGGUGUGGCGGCAGAAAGGCACACUAAGACCCAGGAGAAGACGCCUCGCAUACCAAAAACCGAAAAACAGUUGAGAACCCGACUGUGGGUGGACGAAGUGGACGAGGACGGGGAGUGGGGAGCUAAGCAGGGGGCUGUUGGGGGAGGGGAGAGCGUGACCGAGACCUCCGUGUCAGGGACGGCGACAGAGGACGAUGCUUCCUAUUAUGAGGAGGACGAGAGCGAAGAGGUGGGAGAGGGAGGGGGGGAGCAGGACGCCUUGGAGGAGUACAUAAUGCUGCGUGAGGGCGACUGUUUGGAGGAGAUGCUUGCCACGGACCUCAUCUUCAGUGACGUGUUCCAAGGCUAUGCAGACGCUGAUGUGAUGACAGACGGGUCGCUUGGAGCCGACGAGGAAUGUGAGGCUCGCCUGGGGCGUGACAAUCUGCUCCUCGACGUGACCCCAUCAGCCGGCACUGACACCUCGGUAGAGCGCCCUGACGCAGCCUCUCGUGGAGUGGGUCAUGACCUCCUCAGUGUCGGAAGUGACCAUGUAGCUGACCGGGUCGCCCAAGCCUCAGAGAGGGAGGGAGGCGAGGAAGCCUCGCAGGAUGACAGCUCUCAGGCAGGGGAGGCGGGAGGCCAUUUAAAAGAGAGUGCAACCUCCCUUUACCCUCCCGACACAGAAAAGCUGAAGCGGUCUUGCAUGAGGACCCAAGCCACGCAGACCGACGUCGGGGUGGUGAGGAAGUCCCUGCCUCAUCUGCCGCUCAGUCCUGCCGAGGAGAAGGCUGAGAUGAUCUCCCAGGGAGCUCAGACCAACGGCGACGGCGGGCGACGGAAGCUGGUGAAGAGCCUGUCGGAAGUGGCGCGGUACGAGGGUCUCCAAUACGAGAUCUACGACCUAGACGACCUUUACUAUCCACAGGAGCAGCCAUCGCUUGCCCGAACCUUGUCUGAUGGUCCCCCGCCCUGUCCCCCAAGGUUUUCUACCUAUGACAUCCCCCUAGAUGAAGGACCCCCGCCCCCUCCCCCUCUAAAGUUUCGGCAGAAUUACGACGAGAUAUUUGAUGUCUCGCCGCGCAAGCCUCGUCGGGGCCUUCUACAGAAGACGCUGUCAGAGGGCGAGAUAUUGUCUGAACGGCGGAAAGCUUUAAGCAUGGCCUCAGGCUAUCUUGAAGUGGACAUAAACGGUUAUAGUGACAACGAGGAAGAAGUAAUUGAGCCGCAGUGUGUGGACGAAGUGGCACGUGACCUCUCCCGCAGCAGGAUAUUCACGCCAGAGUCCUUCAUAGAGGAAGAAGAAGAAUUCCAUGAAAAUAUGUUGCACAAAGAAAUUCUACCAAGUCUUUCGUCCUACGAGAGAAAGCUGUCACAAAUAUCUACCGACUCAGAGUUGAAAACAUUUGAUCCAAAUGAAUUUCGUACUGAAGAGCACCUGAGGGGCCAGCUUGUAGCCCUCUCACUGGACUCUCUAGUGGAGGCAGGGCCCUGCCUCACAGACAACAGCAGCCAGAUACUCGAAGGAAGCAUUCCCCGUGAAAACUCACCCAUUCUGUGUGCAGGUACACCAAGCGAAAGUACGGGCGGUGCAGAGUUUGGAGACCACUUCGAGGAGUCCAUGAGUGAGAGUCAGGUGACAGUGCUGCAGAGGACAGUGGUGCCGUCCUCACAGAUCAUCACAUCAGACUCUGAGAAUGGCAGCUUCCAUCUUACUGAUCACUCCUCAGCUGCCACUACGCCCUCUACCAGACACAAGAACAUUCACGCUACUGGCAGCUUUGAGGAAGAUCUCGAGGAUGACUUGCUUCCUCGUCUACGGGUAACGAAUCUCGUCCACAGCACUACAACUCUUUCCUCGAUUGAAGAUGAACCGACGAGUAUCAGCGAGAACGUGGUGUCGGACAGCUCUCAGGGGGCCGUUACCAACAGCACCACCUCCAGCGAAGUUGACAAAGCCGUGUGUGGCUCGACAGACAAUGAUUAUAGCUCAAUACGCAGUGGAGAAUCCUUAACAAUAAAGUCUGAGACAGUAGAGGAAGAAGAAUUUGAAGGUGAAAUUGUGAUUGAGGAAAACAUGUUGGCACGUUUAGUUCAAGAGCUGAAGGGUGGAGAAAUGGCCUACCACAUGCCAAUCAAAACAGACUUUCGGGACGAUGCACGUCGUCUCGCAUCCCCGGAGUCCGACUCGUCCAGCAGUCUCUUCACGGAGCAGGAAACGUCCAGGAGUCCAGUGUCUGGCACUACAAACACCAUCACAUCCAAGUCCGACCUCUCCCGUACCGACUCUCAUCCAACCGACCAGUCAGAGACCUCGGAAGACUACGUGACUGCCACCGAGAACAGCAUGCAUGAUCACGAUGUGCGGCGCAGCUACUUCAUGGAGGAGCGACACGUGUCCUCACCUCCCAGAAUGGACGACAUCUAUGAGGACGAGGCACUAACACCAAAGAUCCUCAGCCCAGAAAUGAGUGAUGUACUGGCUGGCUUCCAUGACCAUCACGAACUCAGUGACAUCGCCGAAGCUGUCAGCAGUGUGGCGAGCGACUUUGAAACAGCACAAGAUCUUACUUCUCCAGAUGGUGACACCACCACCUCUGCUAGUUAUUAUAUCGACCACUCACUUGACUCAGAUCCUGGAACUGAGACCAAGACAAAACCUGAAUUACCCCCAAAACCAGCACUCUUCCCAAAACCCGACAAAUCAGACAAAAUCUCACCAUCAAGCGAAAGUCUUUUUGAGGCUGAUGAAAUUCCAGGGCAGGAUGACGUGGAAGUGGUGGUGAGGCGGCGGGAGAAGAACGCCGAGGAAAGCAGAACAGGAGCCAUCAAGAAACGAUAUUCUGCAGGUAGUAAAGUCGCCAAGGACGACAACAGGAGGUACUCAAGGUAUUUUGAAGAUAAUGACAAGGGUGAACUGUCCGAGGUGCGUGGACAGAGUUAUCCAGCUUCCUGGUCCGAAGAAGACAGAGAAAAAGCAAAACAAACCAUGAAGCUCGAUUUUCCUCCAGGAGUAACCAUGUUUGGCGAGGCCCCAGCUUGGACUGACGCAGAUAGUCUCAAAUUAGAUGCAGAGAAGAAACUAAGAGUCUUUGAGAAGCCAAAAAAAUCCGUUAAAAUCGACUUGGCAAGUGUGGAGGACCUUCAAGCUAUGAGAUCCGCGAAUGAAACCAUGGUAGAGAAGGACAGCGAAGCCCCAGCAGUCGAGAUGAGGCAGACAAAAGUCAAACACGACAAGGUGAAACGGAAGUCUGAGGAGGUGACCACGCCUGGUAUGGUGCGCAGCCCAGCCAUGCACGAGGGCUUCAGAUUAGAGGAUUGGACUCCAGUACGUACCCCAGUCACUCCUGAUAGAUCUCUGGAUGUGGAUUCUUCUGAUGAUUCAUAUUCUGAGGCACCCAGACAUCCUCCCAAAGGACGAAGUCCGAGGAGGAGGUCGAAGGACAGUCCUGGAAAAAAAGGUGAAAGUCUGAGUCGCCCUGCAGAAAGUCCUUUAAAGCAAGGGAGUGAGAGGCCAGGCACAGGAAAAACAACUGGAAAAACUAGGGAGAGUUCUAGAUUUGUUGUGAGGGAGAGUCCAGAAAGAAUAAUAAAGCAAAGCCCAAAACGGCCAGUCCCCCAACAGCCAAGCCCUGUGAGAGAGAGCCCGGUUAUUAGGACCGAAAAGUCCACCGCACGUCCUCUGGAAAUGCAACAGCGACAAAGCCCCACCAGAGUCUUAAAGACUUCAGUCGUGGAGUCUGGAAGGAAGUCUGCCGAGAUCAACGAGCCUGCUAAACCUCUCACAGAAACGUCCACGGCGGGAAGGGAGACCCAAGAUCGACUGAAGCCAGCAGGGCCUGUCACAGGCUACCUGAGGGCUGGAAGCUUGAGCCCUACCUCACGGGAGCGACCGUUGCAACUGCCAGAAAGCAAAUUACUCACCAUUACACCUUUGAGGGAUUCACAGAGGAGUGUAGAGUCAUUGAGGUCGAUGAGCCCAGGAUCUGAUAAUGUAUUUUUGAGCGGAAGCCGAGAACAGCUGGACGAGGAGCCACGGGCAGGACUUUGUGCACAGUGUGGGGAGAGGCCUGCUUCGCGAGAAGGGCUUCUGCGGCCCAACACCACAGCUGAUGUCGCUGAGGAAAGACGAUUAUCCGAGAGAGAAAGAGAUACCUCUCGUCAGCGACCAACGGCCACCCAUCGCGCGAAAUCUGAAGAAAGAGGUUCUUUUUCCAGGGAGUGGGGCACGACCCCCAUCAGUCUGGAGCAAGGAGAUGCACCACGCCAUGACAGCGAUGACGACGAGAAGGGUGUGUACCUGGACCCCUACCGCUCCUGCCCGUGGGUGUACGUGUCACCCGGAGACGAGGCCAAGGUGUGGCGACGAGAUGAGGGAUCACCCAUCCCUGUCCCUGUCAAUCUGAGAGUAUCAGGCUUCGAGGAUGACAUCGUCACCAGAGCCGAUCAAGCCCGAGAGGAACAAACAGCCCCAGGGGAGCCAGCGGCACCAGAUACAGCGCACCCGAAAGAGGAUGGAGAGACGGAGUCCACUCAGGAAGACACCAACCGCCGUGGGUCGGUGGAAUCAACUUGUAGCGAGAAGGACUUCCGGCGUCGCUAUCAGGCCAUCACCCACCGCAUGGUGCACCGCAAGGCCUCCGUUGAAAUGUACCGCAGACUGGUGCACGCUGCCUUCCAAUCCGACAAGACGGUGACAGUUAGCCGGGAGUCAGGCGAGUUUGGGUUCCGCAUCCACGGGUCCCGGCCUGUGGUGGUGUCUGCCAUCGAGCCCGACACCCCCGCAGAGACGUCAGGCCUCGAGGUGGGCGACAUCAUCCUCAGCAUCAAUGGCAGCAACGUCCUCGACUCUUCCCACUCUGAGGUGGUGAGGCUGGCCCACGCCGGUUGUGACACCUUGCGGUUGGAAGUAGCGCGUACCUGUGAUGUAUUGACGCCGCUGGUGACACAAGACCCCACGCCCUUCUGUGCCGGCUACCUGUAUAAGUUGGGGAGCGCUCAACACGCAGCUGGUGCUCCUGCGAUUGUCAGAAAGUGGCACAGAAGGUGGUUUGUCUUAAAGAAGGACCACUGUCUCUACUACUAUAAGUCAGAAAUGGAACAACAUCCUCUCGGGGCAGUACACUUGUUGAACUACAGUGUCCACUCUCUUGCUGAGAUGGGGAAGCCAUUCUCCUUCACUGUUGCCAAGUUUGGGGGCAUGACUCUCCAUCUUGCUGCCCACUCAGAGAACGCGCGCAACAGAUGGGGGCAGGUCAUCACACAAGCGGCGGUGGAGGCAGCACAGAAAGAUGAACUCUUAGAAAUUUCUUCGCGACGUGUUCAGCAACCUCCAGCUUCCAUCACCUUGCCUGACUGCUUUGGCUUCCUCUUCAAGCUUGGGGCACGAUGGCACCAGUGGAAGAGACGAUACUGUGUGCUGAAGGACGCCUCCCUUUUCCUCUACCAUGAAGCUGAAGCCCAACAAGCAAUUGGAGUGGUGCACCUCCACGGCUAUCGAGUCCAGAGUACCAGCAUAGGCGGCAAGAAACAUGCUUUUGAACUUUUACCUCCAGAACCAAAAUUUAGGCACUUCUAUUUCUACACCGAGUCAGACAGUGACAAGAAGAGGUGGUUGGCAGCCCUGGAAUACUCAAUAGACAGAUGGAUCAAAGUUGGCUGAUCCAAGAUUGAAAGGAUCUGUGUUUUGUCAGACUUGUGCCAGUGGCAUGUGAUGAAGGCACUGCAAUUACUAAGUGCAAAGGUUUCUCACAGAUGGUGUGCAUUAAUUAAGAAGUUGCUUGGAAUUCAGGUAUUUUUGUAUUUUUAAAAUGUGGUCAGAUAUCUGUAGGAUAGACCAAUCAAAGAUCUAUUUCAGAAUAUUGCUUGUCCCAAAUGCCAGGAAAGGGAUUUUCUGCAACAAUCAAAUAUCUAAUAAAAGAUAAAAGUUUAUAUAAAUAUAUUUUAGACAAGUUUCCAGUCCUGUCAUAUUCAUCAAUCAGCAAUACAGAAUUUAGUCAUUAUAUACAGUUACAUAUAUAGAUAUUACAUUCAAAUAUGUAAAUAUUUAUGUAUAUUAUUACAAAUAAUAAAGCUUGGUACAUUUUUCUUAACAGAGCUGUAUGUACUGACAGUUUAUAUCAGGUUAGUAGUGCAUACAUAGCCAAGUAUAGAAUACUGCCAUAGGUUUAAUGCUAGAAUUCCUUAUUACAAUUUUUUUAAAGUUGGUUUCAUUUGAUAAAAUUACUAAAUGUGGAACAUAAAGGGAAGACUUAGCUUUGUACUAGAGAGCCGUCACACGCUGGGGAAACUGACAGACAUGUGUCACGAGUCAGGCAGAGGGAAGAAUAAUAGCUGUACUGGUGAUGGUUUUCAUUAUAUACUUUGUAUAAAUUUUGUAAAGAACGCCACACAAAGAAUUAUUUUAUAUCGCUGCCUUAGACAACAAGACUAGCUCCAGAAUUCCACCACUAAUACUUAUGGCUGAUUAUUUAUUUAUUUAUUUAUUCAUUCAUUUGUUUUAUAUUUUUGUUUUGUUUUAUGAUGCAGCCUAGAGGUUGGAGUGGUGUCACUAGAUGAACUCAAAGGACAGUCAAUAAUCUUAUGGUGAUCCUUAUGUCAUAACUGUCACUGCCUUCACUCUUACCAGUGAGGUCAUAUCAUUCAUGUUGUGUAGCUACAUGAACUAUGAACUAAUGUUCAUAAACACUGCAAUUUUCAACCAGCACCAUAACCAUGGUGCCCAUGGUAAGCUAUUCACUGUAUUGAAUCUUCCCAACCCUUAACACUGUAACUGAGUGCUGAGUCACUGUGCAUGAUUCUGCUGUAUCAGUAAAGGAAGGUGGAUGCAGUGACAUUCAUGCUGACUAAGAAAAAAAAUUACCAUAAGGAACAUUGUUGUGUUUGUUUGUAUUUGUUGACACUACUGUACACCCAAAGUCUAGGUCAAACCAACAUGUUUAGUAACAUGUCUGAUUAUGCCAUUGUUGCAGAAGUAUGCUUUCCUUUUUAAAUGCAAUGAAUAAUAUUUCUUACUUAUUUCAUGAAGAUACAGUUCUCCCAGUUUCAACAUUUCUGGGCUCCAAAUACUCUUGGUGCUGUAAUUCUUUUUGUAUGGAAGAAUUUUAAUUUUCUUUGAGUCUUCACAUGAUUGUGACCUGGAGUCAGGUAUAUACAUUGUUUGAAUGUGCUCAAAUGGCAUAUUAUCCACAUUCAGCAUGAAUGAUAGUAGCAACAACAUUGGUGAAGCAGCACUUUUUUUGCCUGCUAACCAAAUUAUUGUUGAUCUUUGUUUCUUGCUGAAGAAUUUUGUUAACCUGGAGCCAUACACUGUGUGUGACAAUCUAGUACCUAAUCUUCAGGAUUAGGAAUCAGAUCUGCUCACUUGACACAUGCAGCUAACAAUCCAGACACCAACCGAAGGUGGCUGGCCCACAUUGCUAGACAUCAAGGUGCAAGGUGCAGAGUUGUCAGGACACCAAUGUGGGACUAAGUCAGAAUACAUUCAGGGUCAGUAGUGAAGGAACAGAUGCAGGAUCUUUCUGCUGAUGCUUUUCAACUUAAUAUGUAAGAAGGGAUAGCAUGUAAGUACAGCAUAUUUGUUGAAAAAGUAAUCAAGUAACCAAAAAAGGUACUUGUCCAAAAAGCCUCUUCAUCCAUCAUCCCAAAGCAGAAUAGUACAAAGAAACUCACCUCACCACUUCUACGACAUCAACACAUUGUGAAAUGCAGACUGUAAUAAAAAAGAAUUAAUGAAAAUAUUUAGGCUCUAUAAUCUCUAUUGACUGAUUUUCAUUCCAAAAGCAUCAAUUAAAAUAAAAAGAUUUAAGAAUCAAUAUAUUAACACUAAUAGCUGCCUCUUCCCUUUCCUCCUUCCUCCGUGCCUCAAAUUCUUUGAGCCCACCAGCCAUCCAUCAAAUUAUUUUGGCACAGCAGCUUUUAAAUGAGUGAAGAUUUCUUUGUACUGUAUAUUGAAAAUCUUUAGGAUUAUUAAAUUUCAAAUGCCAGUAAAACUGUUACUCUGCAUUUCAUCUAAUUGCACAAUGCUUGGGGAUAUUAGCCUACAUAAUCUAGGAAAUGGGUCAAGGUUGAACCUGUGUGUCUUGCAAUGUAGGCCAGUGAAGCCUUCCAUCAAGAACACAGCAGUGACUGAACAUCAUUUGAGAUGCCUUGAUCUGGUACAGGACAUGGUGUAAUAUCUACAUGCACAUGAUUCACAGCCUCUGCACUAGUGGCUGGGCAUGCCACUCAGAGAUCAAGGGUGAGUCACAACUACAGACUCAGUGUUGUCAUGUUGAUAGUUGAUUGUUUGAGUGACUUUUUUAAAUAAAUGAAGUGAACAGAA